AUGAGCGGCGGGAGCGCGUGAGCGGCCGGCGGGCGAGGCUGGGGGCCCCGGAGAGCGAGCCACAGGGCGGAGGGCGGGCGCGAGCGCGGCGGGCGGCGGCGGCGGCCGAAGCGCGGCGGCGGCGGCGGCGGCGGCCGAGAAGAUGGCGGACGGCGACAGUGGCAGCGAACGCGGCGGCGGCAGCGGGCCCGGCGGCUUCCAACCCGCGGCGCGCGGCGGCGAGCAGGAGACGCAGGAGCUGGCCUCGAAGCGGCUGGACAUCCAGAACAAGCGCUUCUACCUGGACGUGAAGCAGAACGCCAAGGGCCGCUUCCUGAAGAUCGCCGAGGUGGGCGCGGGGGGCUCCAAGAGCCGCCUGACGCUGUCCAUGGCGGUGGCCGCCGAGUUCCGCGACUACCUGGGCGACUUCAUCGAGCACUACGCGCAGCUGGGCCCCAGCAGCCCGGAGCAGGUGGCGGCGGCGGCGGCGGGCGCCGAGGAGGGUGGCGGGCCGCGGCGCGCGCUCAAGAGCGAGUUCCUGGUGCGCGAGAACCGCAAGUACUACCUGGACCUCAAGGAGAACCAGCGCGGCCGCUUCCUGCGCAUCCGCCAGACGGUCAACCGCGGCGGCGGCGGCCCCGGCCCCGGCGGCCUGCAGAGCGGCCAGACCAUCGCGCUGCCCGCGCAGGGCCUCAUCGAGUUCCGGGACGCGCUGGCGAAGCUCAUCGACGACUACGGCGGCGACGACGACGAGCUGGCGGGCGGCCCGGGCGGCGGCGCGGGCGGCGCGGGCGGCGGCCUGUACGGCGAGCUCCCGGAAGGCACGUCCAUCACCGUGGACUCCAAGCGCUUCUUCUUCGACGUGGGCUGCAACAAGUACGGCGUGUUUCUGCGCGUGAGCGAGGUGAAGCCGUCCUACCGCAACGCCAUCACCGUCCCCUUCAAGGCCUGGGGCAAGUUCGGGGGCGCCUUUUGCCGGUACGCGGACGAGAUGAAGGAGAUCCAGGAGCGGCAGAGGGAUAAGCUGUACGAGAGGCGCGGCGGCGACGAGUCGGAGGGCGAGGAGGUGGACGAGGACUGAGGCCGCCGCUUCCCCGAUGGGCCCCCCCCCGCCCCGUCCCCCCACCGUCCCCUUGGCCGGAGAGCCCCUUUCCUGCUCUUCCCCAGGGGGCUAGUGGAAGCUGGGCAAGGGGGCCCCGUCGGAAGCUCACAAAGUUCAAAAACAGAACAAUUCAUUGCGAGAAAUAACCACAAGAGAACCGUCGCGGACAAUUCGAGGAAAGCAGCAAAGUUCCGAGGAACUAACACCGACCAGCCUGCAGGGCGGAGGCAGACGGCCUGAGCGAAGGCUUCUCGGUUUCCGUCUUUUCCAGCCGGGGCUCGUGACCCGGUCAGGGCAGCCGUGCAGGGGCGCAGAUCCCCUCGUGCCCCGGGCCAGAGAACGCUCGGGUUCCCCAGCCCCAUCCGUGACAGCUGCAUUUGUGUUCUACCCGGGGGUCCUGGCCUGACAAGCUCUCCUGACCUCAGUGCUGUGGGGUGGGUCUCCACCUCCAUUGAGAUCAGCAUAUCUAGGUCUUCGUGGAAUUCUUGAGAAGAGAGAGGCCUUGGUCUCUGCCCCGUUCUGAGGGUGCAGGUUUCGUGAAAAGGAGUGCGACUUCCAAUAAUCAUGGACAGGGCAGAAUGAGAAUUCAGGAAGCCACCAGGGAAUACAGAAAGAAAUUGGGUCCAUUUUGUCAAAAAUGGUUUUGCGUGGAACCUGGACCAGUGUCCUUGUCUCUUUGUGGCUUUGUUUUCCUGGAUGCCAAGGGAUUCAGAUGUCAGUUCUUCAACUAGAAUCUGUUACUAAAGGAUUUUAGAAGUUGGCCAAGGUUUUUUUCAGAGAUAAGGGUCGUUUUACAUUGGGGGUUGCUGAGGUGGGCACGGGAAGAAAUGUGACAUCAAGCACAAGGACUGUCAUGAGUGGCUUAGUUGCUGCUCACUGAAGUCCUUCCCCUGGUUUCCAGGCACGGAGGUCCUCACCACGAGAUGGCUUAGGGGUGAGUGAGAGCCAGAUCCCUGUGGCUCUUUAACCUGAGCCACUGAAUUACGGCUAAUUCAGCUGUUUGGGCCACUGGUUGACUGGAUUUUCAACCAUAAAACUUGAAGAUACCUACAGAAGGAACAGUGUGGCUGCAAGCCUCAGCUUUAAUGGAAUAUACGUCCUCACAGAAAAGUUGGAAAUAACCAAAACUGAAGUCUUCACCUACCUUCAGUUCCGUCUGUGGAUUUGUUGAAAUACUAAAGAUCCUCAGGUCCAGAAUUCCAGCAUCAUUUUUUUCUUUUUAAAGUAAAUUUUUAAGAACUCGAUCCAUUGUUUCAGUACCUCCCGGUCAAAGUUGGCAAAUGAUGGGUGAGUGAUUGGAGCAGUGCGCCCUUUAGAAGCUGAAAUCCAUCGGGGUGGAGAUGAAGGGAACGGGCAAUGCUGACCGUGUCCCGGAAGCAUUUUUCUACCAUCUUGAAAUUUCAACAGACUGGCCUUCGCCAGUUUAUCCAGCUGUUUCUCAAGAAUAAAAGUUGGGGUUUUCAAGGA